UUAAAAUGGGUAAAAUUAAUAAGUUGAUUGAAAUAAUUAAAGGUUCUUAUUUGGAGUGCUUCUAUUUGAUUUUCGUUUUCGGUUCGUCGAUGCAAUUAACUGUUGUAACUCAAAUGAUUGAAGACAAAAUUUGUCUCAACCAGUAUGGCUUUAGAUUGGCCGAUUGUGCUGAUGAACAUUCAGAUGCCAAGAUCGCAGUUCUUAGAGAAGCUUCAACCAUUUCUAGUUAUCGAUCAAUACUGAGCGGUUUACCAGCAAUAGUGACAACCCUCUUUGUUGGCCCAUGGAUCAACAAUUAUCCAAACCAUUUAAAGCUAAUAAUCAUAAUACCUGCCAUAAGUUCAAUACUUCAAGUCAUGUUUCUCACUGGAAAUGCCAUCUUUUUUUCAUUGGAUCCCAAAAUAGUUUUAAUCACUGACUUGAUUCCAUGGAUUUUUGGUACUGUCAAGAUUUGUUUCAUGGCUAUUCAAACUUACAUUGUCUUAACAACUCCACCAGAUAAACGAGUCAUUAAACUUUCAAUGUGUGAAGUCGCUACUUUUAUUGGUUUGGUUGCUGGUCAAUAUACUGGUGGAGCCAUUUUCGCACAAAAACCUUGGUUCAAGAACCAAGUCUCUAACUAUCUCGGAGUCUUUAUUGUCUCAUUGAUAUUCAAAAUAUCUGCUGUAGUCAUCUUCAUUAUAACAGCACCUUCAGUUUACAAAUUGAAUGAGAAACAAGCAGCUAAGGAUCCGGAUCAUGUUAAUCAUGGACAACCUUUCAAGAGACACAAGUCUGAAGAGGAAAAGAAGAGUCCAGUUAAAGAGUUUGUUUCAAAAGUAUUUUCAUUCUCGGCUAUUCGCAAGUUAUUUCAAACACUAACUAAACCUCGAGAAUCAGGGAAGCGUGGAGUACUUUUACUUUUGGUUGGCAUUUCGAUUGCUCGAAGUGUAGAGUCAUCAUUCACAAGAAGUAACAUUUAUCAAUUUGCACAACGUGCAUAUGGAUGGUCAAAUUAUGAAUACUCAAAAUACAGUGCAAUUAAUGAUUCGAUUCCAGCUUUUAUGCAGCUUUUUGGACCUCGAAUAUUUAUUCAGCUUCUUGGGAUGUCAGAUAUUUCACUUGGAAUCUUUGCCUUGGUUUCUCAUUUCGUUGCUCUGAUUAUCCAAGGUAGCUUUUUAAAAACUGAAGGAUUUUUCUUGUCUACUGUAACUGGCUGUGUCUUCACACUAAUCGAUCCUGUGGCAAACGCUCUUUUGGGUAAAAUUGUUGAGCGCGAUGAAAUUGGUGGCACGCUAAGCUUGAUUUCUGUAAUUAGUGCAAUUAUUGCUCUAUUCAGUGAUUGGUCAUUAACGAAGAUCUUUAAUGCUACCCUUCACAGUUAUCCUGGUUUUUGUUUUCAUCUUUUUUCAGCUGUGCUUACAAUUCAAAUUUCAGUAUUUUUGUGGAUUAAAUACAAAAGAUCAAAUUUGUUCGAUACAAAAGCAAAUGAAAAAAAUAAAAAUGUAACUGAUUCUUAA